CCUCAUCCCCUCCCUGCUGUCUCCACCCGGUGCAUUGGUUCUUGAGGUGUUAGAUGUGGUUCAUCUAAGCCACAGAGCGUCCGCUUCCUGCGCUGAUUCCUAAGCACACCCGCCCCAAAAUGUCGUCGCUUCUUCGCUUCAAUAAGCUGAGGAACAACAUAUGGAGUAGUUGUCCUUCCAGAUUGCUUAUGCAACAUGCUGGAUUUUCAUCUGCAAAAAAUGUUGAUCCGAGAAGCUAUGGGAAGCGUCAUUUCACUACAAGGGUUCAAGAGACAGAUAGUUUGCACGGAGCUGGUCCAGGUUCAUGUAUUUCUGGAAUACAGCAAUUCAGGUUUCAGCAGACUUCUGAACAUGACCAAUCAGCGACUAUUCUUAUCUUUGAUACUGAGACUACUGGCUAUUUCCACAAGAAUAACAGAAUCGUCGAGUUCGCACUGCGUGAUCUUUCUGGAGGAAAGAACAGCACAUUUGAAACCCUCAUUAAUCCUGAGAGGGAUGUUCCCAAAUUCCUUUCAGCCGUCAAUAAUAUUACCACUGCCUUGGUUUGCAGACCUGAUGUCCCGAGGUUCGGUGAUGUACUUCCCUUACUACUGGCAUAUGUUCGAAGCCGCCAAACUCCUGGGAAACCAGUUAUAUGGGUUGCUCAUAAUGCAAAAACAUUUGAUGCCCCUUUCCUUGCCCAAGAGUUUGACCGUUGUUCAGCACAGAUGCCCGAAGACUGGCUGUUUGUUGACAGCCUCCGUUUGGCAAGGAAGUUGCCGAAGCUUCCAAAAUCAGACGAAAACAUACAUCUUCUGAACUUAGUGGCACUGAGCAAACGCUAUGGCAUCUCUGUGGAAAAGCCUGCUCAUAGAGCAAUGCAAGAUGUGACAAUGUUAUGUCAAGUUUUUCAAAGAAUCACUUUUGAUCUGAAACUGACAUAUGAAGGAGUAGUGAAUGAGGCCAUCAAGGCUACUGAUUUCAGCAAAGUUCCUAAGUAAAUAUGGCACUCUUUUGCUUCCUUGUUUAAGUGGUUACAUUUAUUUGACUUUCCCAAUAGGAUAACUUUCCUUAACAUUGCUGGGCAUUUUAACCUUUACUGUAGCAUCUCAAGAAUCGCGUCUUCGAAUAGUAGCUGCAUCUGUCAGUGCAAGGCCUAUGGUGGGACUGAAUCAUUGAUAUUUAUGAUGUUCGAUAGAUUUUUCUUUUGGCUGAUUGUCAGAUGCAUUUGAUAAAGAUUAUGCUUCAGCGAUCUAUUAAAUACAAACUGACAUUUCUGUGA